AUGCCCGAAGACGUCAAAUCCAAAGGCGGCGCCACGAUUGAAAAGGGCGAUACUGUCAGAGCCCCCUACCGAGGCGGCAAACACGAAGGUCAAGUCGAACAGAUUGUGACCGACGAGAAACAAGCCCGCAAUCUCGACGCCAAGGGCGCCAGCCACGCCCCGGCCGUGGUCUUCCAUGACCAGAAUAAUAAAAAGGUCGCGCAUAAGCCGGAGACGGUGACGGAUGUGGAUAAGGAGUGA